UUUACCUGAGACUGAAACCACUCAUACAAGGCGGAACAGCACAAUGGAUGGUUAUUUCCAAUUAUCUGCCACUCUGGAAGGCCACGAAGAUGACGUGAAGGCAUUGGUUGCGCCCUUCAACGACACCAUCAUCUCAGCGUCGAGAGACCGUACGGUGAGGGUGUGGACGAAGGAAGCGGUGUGGAGCUCAAAGAUCAACUUCACGUCUGGUGGCUUCGUCAACAGUUUAGCAUUCGACUCGUUGAAGACUCUGAUCAUAUCUGGAGGGCAGGAUAAACUCAUCAACCUCACAGAUCUCUUCUCCGUCCAGCUGGAGCCUUCUUUCACGCUUAUUGGACACGAGUCAAACGUUUGCUCCUUGGACACUGAUGGCACCCAGAUCAUCAGCGGUAGUUGGGAUGCUACGGCGAAAGUUUGGGAGAAUAACCAGCUGAAGUACACCUUGGAAGGGCAUAGCGCGUCGGUGUGGGACGUCAAGAUCUUGGGAAAGGAUCGCUAUCUAACAUGCUCUGCAGAUAGAACUGUGAAGCUAUGGCAUAAGUCCCAGGAGCUAAAGACCUUUGUGGGCCAUAGCGAUGUGGUUCGUAGUUUGGCUAUUUUACCUCAAGACAGAGGGUUUAUCAGUGCCUCAAACGAUGGAACCUUGAGAGUGACAGACUUCAACGGCGACUUGAUCGAGGAACUCUCUGGUCAUGAUAGUUUUGUAUACUCUGUGAAGCUGCUUUCAAACGGUGAUAUAGUGAGCUGCGGUGAGGAUAGAUCAGUGAGAAUUUGGAGAGAUGGGAAGCCUCAUCAGGUUAUUCGCUUGCCCUGUAUCUCUGUCUGGACUGUUGCAGUGCUUCCAAAUGAUGACGUUGUGGUUGGGAGUAGUGAUAACAGUAUUCGUAUCUUUACGAGAGAUGCAGAAAGGGCUGCUUCUAAGGAGGAAAUCAAGGAGUUGCAAGAUUCAGUGGAAUCAAUGGCUUUGAAUUCCGAGGCUUUCGAUGAAUCCAAGGCUUCAGCACCAGAGGUUUUACAAUCACCAGGCUCUAGAGAAGGACAGGUUGUUGUCGUCAAAUCACCUGCAGGUGUCAAUGAAGCGUAUCAAUGGACUGAGAAUAAAUGGACCAAAAUUGGUGAAGUUGUUAGUGGAAGUACAAGUGAUAAAAAGGUGGAAUAUGAUGGUAAAAAAUGGGACUUUGUCUUUGACGUUGACGUCAAAGAUGGAGAACCAGCAUUGAAAUUACCAUACAACGUUAGUGAAAAUCCUUAUGUUGCUGCCUCGAGAUUUCUUGAGAAGAACGAAUUGCCAACAAGUUAUACCGACCAAGUUGUUCAAUUCAUCACUACAAAUACACAAGGUGUUACUAUCAAUCAACAAUCAGACUAUUCGAAUCCAUAUGCCGACACCAGAAGGGAAAAAUUGGUUCCACACAAACAGUACUUGGGAUUUACACUUGAUAACCACGAUUCGAUCUUGAAAGGGUUAAAGAAGUUUAACGAUGUUGAAAAAACGUUUGAUAUCUCUCAAUUGAGUAAAGUUGAAAACGAUUUCAAAACUGGUGAUGCCAAUGGAUUACUGUCUGUCUCCUCAGAGAUCAUUACAACCUGGUCAAACAAGCUUGUUGGAUUUGACAUUCUCAGAUAUAUAAUCAACAAGUUGGAUACGCCACCAGCGGUGUUGACGGAGGCAAUCAGAAUAGGGCUGGAUCCAUCCCAACCACCUCUGUACUUCAUGACGUUGAGAAUGGUUUCCAACGUUUUUUUGAACGAGAGAUGGGGUGAAUCCAUAAUAACUGAUCUCGACGUUGCCUCGAAGCUAUUAAAAGUCAUUAGUUUCAACCCUGAUUCACUUGGAAAGCACCAAGUGAACGUCGCCAACGCAAUUGCCACUGUUUUAUUGAACUUCAGUAUCUACACAGUCAAGUACCAAUCGAAAAAGCUUGCAGAGCUGGUCUUGGACAAACUACAAACCAUUGGAGGCACCGUGAACAACGCCUCAUCUGAAGCUGCUUACAGAUUGACUGUUGCGUAUGGCAAUCUGGUUUAUUUCGACGCUAAGUUGAAGCUUGAUUUUGAGAAAUUUAAAGCAAGCGUCAAGUAUCAAGAGCAGAGAUUUACUGAUUUGUUCAACGAUAUUGACAACCUCUAGUUUCGUGAUGUGGCUUCCUUUACAAAAAGUUUUUGUAUAAGAGUGCUCAAGUACUUUAUACAUAGGAAAUGAACACGUAACCUGCUCUAUUGACCCCCACCUAAAGAAGGACUUCUUCUGUCUGAGACUUCUCUUUCAACCGGCUCUCCCUUAUAUUCCUCAUCAGUAACCACCUCCGUAUUCUCGUUAAUCAUCGCCUGAACCUCUUGUACCGUUGUUCUGGUUGUGUGGAAUGCCUUUCCUGUGAGGUUGAUGGCUCACCAUAGAGAACCUCAAUCUGUAUCAAUACCACAUGGUUCCACACUCUCUUCGCCAAUCUCUCGAUCUGAGAAGCCUCGA